GCGGGCGGUGAGCGGAGCCUGCCCCCGGGGUUUGACCACGCCCCAAGGCGGAGCCACGCCUCUUUCCUGGGCCACGCCCCUUAGAGACAAAACCACGCCUUCCUUCUGGGACACGCCCCCAGUGCGGCCCCCGGGGGUCACCGGGGGCGGAGGGAGAUGGGACGACGGGAAGGGGUCAGGGACGGGCACCCACUGCCCACACCCUGCCGGGGUCUGGGGGGGACCCCCCAAGCCCCCCCCGGGGGCCAUGGGCAUCCAGGGCAUGGAGCUGUGCGCCGUGGCCGUGGUCAUCCUCCUCUUCAUCGCCGUGCUCAAGCAGUUCGGCAUCCUGGAGCCCAUCUCCAUGGAAGACAACAGCGAUGCCGACGUGGAGCUCCCGACUAUCCGGCACCAACCCGAGGGGCUGGAGCAGCUCCUGGCCCGGACCAACUUCACCAAGAUGGAGCUUCAGUCCCUCUACCGUGGCUUCAAGAACGAAUGUCCCAGCGGCCUCGUGGACGAGGAAACCUUCACACUCAUCUACUCACGGUUCUUCCCCCAGGGCGACGCCAGUUCCUAUGCCCACCUCUUGUUCGACGCCUUCGACGCCGACCACAACGGGGCUCUGUGCUUCCAGGAUUUUGCCGUGGGGCUCUCGGUGCUGCUGCGGGGGACGGAGCAGCAGAAGCUGAAGUGGACGUUUGACCUCUACGACGUGAAUAAGGACGGCUACGUCACCAAGGAGGACAUGCUGGAGAUCAUGAAGUCCAUCUAUGCCAUGAUGGGGCCCUGCACCGAGCCCACCCUGCGGGCCAGCGCCCCGGCCCAGCACAUGGAGCUGUUCUUCCAGAAGAUGGACAGGAACGGGGACGGUGUGGUGACCUUCGAGGAGUUCCUGGAGACCUGCCAGGAGGACAAGGACAUCAUGAGCUCGAUGCAGAUCUUCCACAACGUGCUCUAGACCCUGGGCCCCCCCCCGGAGACAGGAGGAGACAAGGACAACGCUGCCACCAGAGCCCCCAGCAUGGCACUGGCACAUGCAAGAUGGACCCAUUUCAGGGGGCUGAGCCCCCCUCGACAAGGACCCCCUGCCCUGGGUGGCAUAGGGACCUGACAUGGCACAAACAGGACCCUGACACCAGGCCCCCCCAGGGUGGGGACCCCUGGGACACGGGGACCCCCUGAGAGGGGACUCCCUGGGAUGUGGGGACCCCUUAGGGACAGGAUCCCUUGGAGAUGGCACCCCCCAGGAAAGGGGGACCCCCCGGGACGUGGGGAGUUCCUGAGUGGGGGUCUCUAGGCAUGAAAUGGAGCCCCCAAACACCAACCAAAAGCACACAGACCCGCCUCCCCCCUCAUCACUCAGGGGACCCCCACGAGGCCACAGCCCCCCCCCAGCAC